AUGAGAGACGGGUUUUUUGUGGUGAUUUUUGCAAUUUUUCGAAUCGCCUAUGGAUUCGAUUAUGCGUUGGCCAAAUUGGCCCUCGAAUUUUCAGCGGCCGCUUAUGCCAUCGAUCCGUGGCCAUGCGCUUUGAAAAAUAAUGGAACUGUGUUGUACGUGAAAACGGCGAAGUGCGAUGUGCUGAAUGAUGAGUGUUGGAGUGUCAUCGGUGCCACCAAAACCGAGCUAUUCGUCAGUUUCAGUGGGACCAAGUCGAAAGAGCAACUCGUCACCGAGCUAUUGGAAAGUAUUGGUCGGCCGAAGCAUAAGUUGCACAACGCGGGCUCCGUCCACUACUACUUCUAUUCGGCGCUCAAAUCGAUGUGGCACUCGCUGAGCGCGGUUCUGAAUGAGUUCGUCGACAUCAUGCCGAAGCAUCGCAUCGUCUUCACCGGCCACUCGUUGGGCGGCGCGCUCGCGAGCAUCGCCUCGACGAUAUUCGCGCAAAACCAUCCGCAAAUGUCGAAUCGCACGUUUCUGAUCACAUUCGGACAGCCGCGCGUCGGAAACAUCGAGUACGCGAUGAGGCACGACGAAUUGGUCGCCGGCGGCAGUUGGCGAAUCGUUCAUGCCAUUGAUAUUGUCGCCCAUAUUCCGAUGUGCGUCGAGAGGCUCACUCGUCCGAUCUCGUGUAUUCCGUUCUACAAUCACGGCUCCUAUCAUCACGGCACCGAGAUUUGGUUUCCGGCCAACAUGACCGACGGCGACGAGUAUCGAGUGUGCGACGGAACGCCGAUCAACGAGGACAACUCGUGCAGCAACGCUCAACGCUUCUACGACAUCAACGACCAUUUGUUCUAUUUUGGGCAUCAUGUGUCGAAUUACGGUGAUAAUGGAUGUGUUGAUGAUUGA